UCAGUUCACAGAAAUCCGCCAUGGAAGCUCUCAGAGCUCCCUCCCCCGUUUCUCCACCUUCGCUUAUCAAAAGGCAAUUACCCAAACCAAUUUGCAGUCUUCCAUUUACUCAUAAAAAACCCUAUUCACCCUUCCCCUAUUCAACACAAUUUACAAAAUCCAAUUUCAAGAACGUUAAUGUCACUUCUCCAUUUAUUUCAACCGAACCUACAUCCCCCCUUGAAGAAGAAUCCGAAACCCUUGAUCAACAUGAGAAAUUUGACUGGUUUUCUCAGUGGUAUGCACUCAUGCCUGUGUGUGAUCUGGAUAAGAGAGUUCCCCAUGGAAAGAAGGUAAUGGGCCUUGAUGUGGUGGUGUGGUGGGAUAAGAACGAGAAUGCAUGGAAGGUGUUCGAUGAUAGUUGUCCACACAGAUUGGCUCCACUUUCUGAAGGAAGGAUUGAUCAAUGGGGUAGGCUGCAGUGCGUGUACCAUGGUUGGUGCUUUGGUGGCUCCGGUGACUGCAAAUUUAUUCCUCAAGCGCCCCGUGAUGGUCCUCCGGUUCAUACUUUCCAGAAAGCAUGUGUAGCUGUUUAUCCAAGCACUGUGCAAAAUGGAAUUGUUUGGUUUUGGCCGAACACCGAUCCUCAAUACAAAGAUAUCCUUUCAAAGAAUAAACCUCCAUACAUCCCUGAACUUGAUGAUCCUUCAUUUACCUUCCAAAUGUUUAAUAGAGAUAUACCAUAUGGGUACGAAAUCCUGAUUGAAAAUCUCAUGGACCCUGCUCAUGUUCCUUAUGCACAUUAUGGAAUAAUGAGGACAGCACAGCCCAGUGAGAAGCUUGAUCGCGAAGGGGGUAAACCUCUUGAGAUAGAGGUAAACAAAAUAUACAGAAAUGGUUUUACUUCAAACCAAGGUAACGGCCUAUGGAACUUUGUUCCUCCAUGUCUGUUCCAUGGUAGUGUCACGAUUGGGGGAGGUCCAGAUAAUGCAUCCGCGACAUCAGGUUUAACCACAAAGGGGAAAGUAUCACAAAAGUCACCUCGAACGGCCCUUUUGAUCUUUGUUUGUGUGCCAGUGAGUCCUGGAAAUAGCAGAUUGAUCUUUGUUUCCCCUAGAAACUUUGGUGUUUGGAUAGAUCGAAUUGUUUCCAGAUGGAUGUACCAUAUUGGGCAGAAUUUGGUUAUUGAUUCAGAUUUAUAUCUUCUUCAUGUUGAGGAAAAGAAAGUGUUGGAAGCUGGUCUGGAUAAUUGGCAAAAAGCAUGUUUCGUGCCAACCAAAUCAGAUGCGAAUGUGGUUGCUUUCAGAAAAUGGCUAAAGAAAUAUGGAGGUGGGCGAGUCGAGUGGGGAAACAAAUUUGAUGGAUCUCUUCCACCCACCCCUCCUAGAGAAGUUCUCAUGGACAGGUACUGGAGCCAUGUGGUGAACUGCAGCAGCUGCAAUGCUGCAUACAAAAGUCUUAAUGCGAUUGAGGUCUCUCUUCAGGUGUUUUCGCUUGCUUCAGUGGCCAUCGUGGCUGCAACCAAACAAGGGAUGAUAUCAACUGCUGCAAGAAACACACUGGUCGUUGCUGCAGUUUUGUGCUUCGUGGGAUCAAAAUGGUUGUCUCAUUUUAUCUACAAAAACUUCCGUUACCAUGACUAUAACCAUGCGCUUCGCUGAGACUCGUUUUCAUGAGCUUGUAGUUGUUUCUGUGGAGCCUGUUGGUUAUAUAUAGCUAUAGUGAAAGACACAAGACCUUGAUAUAAAGAGGUUUAUACUUUACACAUACAUUGAUUACUUAUUUAUACAACUUCAAUGGUCUGAAGUUUUAGUUCUUCAA